AUGGCACCAUACGUCACUCAAGAAGCCGACCGUCGUCGCGAGUCCUCACAAAUGGAGAGAGAGUUGCUCGAGAUUGUCGGUACGGCCGAAGAAUCAGAAAACGAGAUGCGUAAAGUAAUCACGAAACUACAACGUAAACUUCAAGAUGCAGUGCAAGGCAAGGAAUCAGACGAGGCAACGCUCAAGGGUCUCCAGGAAGCUCUCCGCGAUGCAGAAGCGCGUGGAUUAGCGCUAGCACAGGCAAGGAAGGAAGCAGAGAUCGCGGCAGCUAAUGAAACACGCCGCAUCGAAGGAUAUAGAUACAGAGACGGUGAGAGACAUCGUGAGCUGGCUCACGCGGGUGAUAUGAUUAGGCAACUCCAGAUUGAUCUCGACGAUGCGGAAGAAGAGGUCUUAUUUUUACGUCAGAGAGCACACAAAGCGGAUAUUGUUGAAGCUGAACGCAGGGGACGUAACCAAGAGCGCGAGAAGAGGCGUAAGGAGAAAGAUCGAGAGCGUGAGAGGAAAGCUUUGGCUGCUGCGAAUGCUGCCGUGGUGUCUAAUCCAAAUGGGGCGAGACAUCACAUACCACAGCACCAUCGUUCGCCAAGUACCCAAGCACCAUCUACACACACUGCGACAUCUCCACGUAUGGAGAAUGGUCACUCACGCGCUAACUCGCUUUAUGAACCGCGUCGCAGGCCAAGUCAUAGGCACUCCUACACUCAACACCAACACCAUCAUAGUCAGCCACAGCAAUAUCAGCAACCACCUGCAAUGAUGAAUGAUCACUUACAAGCUGGACCAUAUGGACCAGCUGGUGGACAUUCACCUCAUCACAGCUCACCUGGAGGUCCCGAUCAAAUGUCAAUCUAUCCGCCCUCGACAGUCCCAGAUCCACGAUUGGGUCCAUAUAGAGCACCACGUCCAGAACGUGCUGAAGGAUUGCAAAACUACUACGAACCACCGGGAUGGCCGCGGAGACCGCCAACGAUGACAGAUGCGCCAUCAGUUCAGCCACCUCCAAGUAUACAAGCGAAUGGAAGUCCUAUCGUAGAGUCAUCACAACCACCAUUGGGUGUUGUUAACCAGCCGUCGCAACCAGAGAACCUCGCUGCUCUGGGACAAAGCGACGGCGAUUAUUAUCGGCGUCCCUCCUACUCAGCCACUCAGCAAGGAGGAAACGUUCCUGAACCCAUACAUCCCUAUGAAACUGGAGGAGGAAGACCAGCAGGACAACCAUAUAAUCCCGUUAUCGUCGAACCAGGACAAGAAACGGGGAUUGAAAUACAAAAUGAAAUGGGUCCUCGAUCAGCUUUAGGAUUGAACGGCGGGGGCAUAAGCAGAGUCCAUACACCUAUACCACCUGGAGGAUUAGGUGGUGUAAGCAGAGGUGCCACACCCGUACCGGAGAUCAAUCUCCAACCGCCUUCUUUGAAAGGUACGCCAAUGCCACGCUUGGAUCCAGCUGGUGUGCCGCUCCCAGAAUCUGUUUACGGUGGAUCGAAUUACACACAUCAAACAGGUCACCACAGCCAUCAUCAUAGCCUUCCACAUAGCCAUCCAAACAGCCAUCCUCAUAGUCAUCAUCACCGCAACCCAUCUCUUCAAUCAUUUGGUGAUCCUGCAGGUAUACCAUUACCUCACAGCAGACCUGGCUCUUCGAUGUAUCAACACCCGCAUCUAGGUAGCACUGGUACAGGAUUGGGUAUUCAGCGCGCGCCUUCAAUGAUGCACACACCUCGACACGCAAGUAACAUACCCUUACCAGAAUCAGUCAUGGGUUCGCCAAGGAUGUCAGAAGGUACGGCGUAUAGAGGUAUGCCACCAAUACAACCAGUACAUCCAAUUAGCGAGGCUGCUGCUAGAUCACCGACCAUGUCUGCAUUACCAUUCCCUCCAUCACCAAGUGUACGAAGUGCACAAGCGCCACUAGGACCGGAUAUACACCCUCUUAGCCAGGCAGCAGGGAAUGGAAGACAGUCUGUACCACCAGGCGCUCCACCAGGUGCACCACCUAUAUGA